AAAGGGAACAAGAGACCACUUAUUCUAAUUCGCUAAAGUGAUUGAAGAGAAUCCAUGGCCACUGGCCAGUAUAUAAGGGUUGAAGAAGGCUCAAAAUACAGGCAGAGUUUUAGUUAAGUUUUUUGAGAGGAAUCCCCCAAGACUCUUGCAACAGCCUCGAAGCUAGUCCACACUAGUGGGAGGUUGGCUGCAUAAAAAAAACACAAACAACAUCACUCACCGUAGCAAAUCAUACUUACCAAUCCAAAUGGCUCGUGGGAAGGUUCAGAUGAAGCGUAUCGAGAACCCGGUGCACCGGCAGGUCACCUUCUGCAAGCGCCGUGCAGGGCUCCUCAAGAAGGCUAAGGAGCUUUCCGUCUUGUGUGAUGCUGAGAUUGGAGUUUUCAUCUUCUCUGCUCAUGGAAAGCUCUAUGAAAUGGCCACCAAAGGAACUAUGCAAGGGCUUAUAGAGAGGUACAUGAAGGCUAAUCCAGUGGCUCAGACUGAACAAUCAGCCAUGGAGAUGCAGCCUGCUGCAGUGCCGGAUGCAAUUGAGGAGAUCAACAUGCUGAAGCAAGAGAUUGAGAUUCUCCAAAGAGGCCUCAGAUAUAUAUUUGGAGGCGGAGCCGGGAUGAUGACAUUGAAUGAACUUCUUCUGCUUGAGAAACAUCUUGAGAUAUGGAUUUAUCACAUCCGCUCGGCAAAGAUGGACGUUAUGUUUGAAGAGAUCAAUCUGCUGAGGAACAAGGAAGGAAUUCUGAAAGCUGCGAAUAAAUAUUUGCAAGAGAAGGUAGAGGAGAAUAUUAGAAAUAUUACUGACUUUGGACAAAUGACUACUAAUAUUGGCUACCCACUAACUAUACCUAAUGAGAUAUUUCAGUUCUAGGAUUUGCUCCAGUUAUAUAUAUAUAUAUCAUACCUAUGAUAUUAAAUAAUUGGAGCAUCAAAAUUAUAAUUUCUAGUUGAUUAUGUGAGUGUAAAAUAUUUCUUUGUACCAUUGCAAGUUACUUAGCCUCUCCAUAAUAUGGCAUACAAAGCCAUCAACUUUCUUCCUCAAAUAAUGUAUUACGAUACAAAAACCUUAGCUAAAUUAUAAUUGACAUUGUGGUGUGGUUUAA